GGAAACAGCCAAUCAGAGCGCGCGGUGUGUGUCAGGAAGUGUAGUGUGUCUGUGAUCAUCUGUGGUUCACCUGCACCACCCGGAGGAACCAGAGGAACCAGAGGAACCAGAGGAACACCUGAGAACCUGAGAGCACAUGAAGAACACAUGAAGAAUCGAACCCACUGAGCCGAACUCCACCCAGCAAAGUGUCCGAAACCCUCCCCCUCCCCGCCGUGGACAGGCGGGCUGUUCACCUGCUUCAGGAGGAAGUGAAGGAAACACCGUCCCACCGGUUCUAAUGGAGUUCAAUGGAUUCUACUUGUUCUAAAGGAGGAUCAUGUUCUGAUGGGAGCUGAAGCGUCGUAGUUUGUUCGAACCCAGAGGAAACACGAGCUGGAAGAUGUCUGUGAACGAGCUGUACACAAAGUUCACUCGGGUUUGGAUCCCGGACCCUGAGGAUGUGUGGAAGGCUGCAGAGAUCACCAGAGAUUACACAGAGGGACAAUCGCUUCUUCACCUCAAACUGGAAGAUGAAACGCCUCUGGAGUAUCCUGUGGGUCCAAAGAGUAACCCCCUUCCUUUCCUCCGUAACCCCGACAUCCUGGUGGGAGAGAACGACCUCACUGCUCUCAGUUACCUGCAUGAACCUGCAGUGCUGCACAACCUCCGGGUUCGAUUCCUGGAGUCCAACCACAUCUACACAUACUGUGGGAUUGUUCUGGUGGCCAUCAACCCGUAUGAGCAGCUGCAGAUUUAUGGAGAGGAGGUCAUUAACGCCUACAGUGGACAGAACAUGGGCGACAUGGACCCACAUAUAUUUGCUGUGGCUGAAGAAGCUUACAAACAGAUGUCCAGAGACGAGAGGAAUCAGUCCAUCAUCGUGAGCGGAGAAUCUGGAGCGGGAAAGACGGUUUCUGCAAAGUACGCCAUGCGUUUCUUUGCCACGGUGGGAGGUUCAGCUAAUGACACUAACGUGGAGGAGAAGGUCUUGGCCUCCAGUCCGAUCAUGGAGGCCAUUGGAAACGCUAAAACCACCCGAAACGACAACAGCAGUCGCUUUGGAAAGUACAUUCAGAUCGGUUUCAGUCGACACUACCACAUCAUCGGAGCCAACAUGCGGACGUACCUGCUGGAGAAGUCUCGUGUGGUUUUCCAGGCUGAGGACGAGAGGAAUUAUCACAUCUUCUAUCAGCUCUGUGCCUCGGCCAGUUUACCAGAGUAUAAAGACCUCAGCCUCACCAGCGCAGAAGACUUCACCUACACGUCGUUAGGGGAGAACAUCUUCAUCGAGGGAGUGAACGACGCCGAGGACUUCAAAAAGACCAGAGAGGCGUUCACGCUGCUGGGUGUGAAGGACGGUAGUCAGAGCAACAUUUUCAGAAUAAUGGCGUCCAUCCUUCACCUGGGGAACGUACAGAUCUGCUCAGAGAGAGACGGAGAGUCGUGUCAUAUCUUGAGGGACGACGCCCACCUGAAACACUUCAGCCGGCUGCUGGGGGUGGAGCUGCAGCAGAUGGAGCACUGGCUCUGCCACAGGAAGUUGGCUACGUCUUCAGAGACGUACGUGAAGAAAAUGUCCAGCAAACAGGCCAUCAACGCCCGUGACGCCCUCGCCAAGCACAUCUACGCCCGCAUGUUUGACUGGAUCGUGGAACACAUCAACAUGUCUCUGUACACGUCGUCCAAGCAGCACUCCUUCAUCGGCGUCCUGGACAUCUAUGGGUUCGAGACGUUUGAGAUCAACAGUUUUGAACAGUUCUGCAUCAACUACGCCAACGAGAAGCUUCAGCAGCAGUUUAACUCUCACGUGUUUAAACUGGAGCAGGAGGAGUACAUGAAGGAGCAGAUUCCCUGGACUCUGAUCGACUUCUAUGAUAAUCAGCCGUGUAUCGACCUCAUCGAGGCUCGACUCGGCGUCCUGGACCUGCUGGACGAGGAGUGUAAGGUUCCGAAGGGAACCGACGUGAACUGGGCUCAGAAGCUCUACAAACAGCACUCAAGCAAAGCUCAAUUUCAGAAACCUCGUAUGUCCAACACGUCUUUCAUCAUCAUUCACUUCGCUGACAAGGUGGAGUAUCAGUGUGAAGGUUUUCUGGAGAAGAACCGAGACACCGUGUACGAGGAGCAGAUCAACAUCCUGAAGGCCAGUCAGCUUCAGCUCGUGGCAGAUCUGUUUAACGAGAAAGACGAUGCCCCCGCCUCAAAGUCCUCCAGGGUGAACGUCCGCCCAGCAAAGUCGAUUCCUCGAGCGCCCAACAAAGAGCACAGGAAGACAGUGGGACACCAGUUCCGCAGUUCUCUGCAUCUUCUCAUGGAGACUCUGAACGCCACGACGCCGCACUACGUCCGCUGCAUCAAACCCAACGACUUCAAAGAGUCGUUCUCGUUCGACUCGAGUCGAGCGGUGCAGCAGCUUCGAGCUUGUGGCGUUCUGGAGACGAUCCGGAUCAGUGCGGCCGGAUACCCGUCCAGGUGA